GGACUUGGUACAGACGACGAGCGUCAUUCGGGGUAACUAUUUACCGAGUUCUUUCGCCGCUGUUCGCACCUCGCGAAAUAAACAUUACGCUGGAUUAUAAAAAAACAGUUAGUUUUGCGGAUAAAUUGAGUAGAUCGAAACAAAAGAAAGCGACGAAAGGAGAUACGGAACGUUGUGACAUGUUCGAACUUUAUGGAGUCAGUAAAGACGGAAUGGUUUAUCAUUCACCACCUCCGCGGCGAAAGGAAGUCGAUAUACUUGAGACAUGUCUGCAACUUUCUUCCCCGGAAUUGAUGAGAAAAUUGCCGAACGGAGAUGCGAUACAUCACGUUAAAAAUACGGUUGUUACGUCGCCCCACGAUAAGGACAAAACAGUUAACAGAGAAACUGUUCGCAGUUUAGGACGACGAUGGCUCGUGAUGAUAGGACUUUUCUUCCUCGGAUGUGCUCUCGUAGCUGGAGUCGGACUUCCCUUGGCUCUCGAAUUAAGAAGCUCGCAUUUGCUGGAAGCGAGGCUCCAGGUCGUCAGGAGGAUUCUGUCGGAGACGCCGUUGAUCGACGGGCACAACAAUUUCGCGUGGAAUCUUCGCAAGCAUCGUGGCAACACGAACAUUCGUGAUUUUCCAUUUGACUCGGAUCUCUCCCAAAACGAGACGUUCGGUCCUCAAUGGCAAACGGAUUUGUCGCGAUUGCGCCAGGGAAAUAUGGGAGCUCAAUUUUGGUCGGCCUAUGUGCCGUGCGAGGCACAAUUUCUCGACGCUGUGCAGCUCACUCUGGAGCAAAUCGACGUCGUGCGACGAUUGACAUCCAAGUAUUCCUCCAAAAUGAGACUGGUUACGUCCAGCAAAGAACUCGAGAGAGCCCACAAAGACGGGGUUUUAGCGAGUCUCGUUGGGAUCGAGGGUGGUCACAGCAUCGGAGCUUCGAUGGCAGUCUUGAGAAGCUUUCACCUUCUCGGAGCUCGCUAUAUGACUCUUACGCACCGUUGCAAUACUCCGUGGGCGGAUUCUUGUUCGGUGGAAGAUCCGAACGAGGACGCACCCCUGGAUUUCCACAGCGACGGGCUCUCGAAAUUCGGGAAAGCAGUAGUUCGGGAGUUGAACAGACUCGGGAUGCUCGUUGAUCUUUCCCACGUUUCUAUAAGAACGAUGAGAGACACGCUGUCGAUAACAAAAGCUCCUGUUAUAUUUUCUCACAGUGCUGCGAGAGCUCUGUGCAACUCAUCGAGGAACGUGCCCGACGAUGUCUUGCGAAAUUUGUCCGUGAACGGUGGUCUGGUUAUGAUCAGCUUCGACAGUGCUCAUCUCAGCUGCGGAGAUAAAGCUUCGAUGUACGACGUGAUCGCCCACAUCAAUCACAUACGGAAAACCGCGGGUGUUAAUCAUGUAGGGCUGGGUGCUGGUUACGAUGGAAUAUUGAGCCCACCGACCGAACUCCCGGACGUCUCGGGCUAUCCUCUCCUCCUCGCCGAAUUGACCAGGGAUCGAAGAUGGUCCGCCUCUGACAUAAAGAAACUCGUAGGUGGUAAUCUCAUACGAAUAAUGAAGGAAGUCGAGAUUAAGGCGGCCUCCCUGUCCAAUCAAACGCCCAACGAAGAGUGGAUAUCACAGGAACUCAUCGAGGAUACUUCGUAUUGUAGAUAUCACGAUAAUUGAAGAGGAAGAGAGAAAAUUCAGUUAUUCAUAUAUUCAAAAAUUAAGACAACGUUCAUGGAUCAAUGAAUCUUAAUCGAUUUUUCGCGCUCGCGUUUCCUACAAGCGUAUUCCAAACAUAUUUCAAAAUGUAAGAAGACUGUAAAAGCACAACUUUAACUCUUUUCGACGAUUUUAUUAAAAAAUAAAAAUAAAAAUAAAAAUAAAAAAAAAACGGU